ACUGUUCAAAUAAGUUGCAAGAAAAUAAAUCUCGGAACGAAAUAAAAGAAAAAUCUUUGUGAUUCACAAUAAUAUCGCCAAAUAUGAGUCAUGAUAUGAAAAAUCAUAACAAUAAAGAUAUGCGAAGAAGAUCUGCAUUGUCAUUCAUCGGUGGAGAUGGUUCGCUUGAUAUUGAUCAUGUUUUACAAUCCGAACCUUGGAAAGAUAUUGAAAAAUUUAAAAAUAGCGAGGCUGGUUGUAUUCAGACUAUACUGGAUGAUUUCGUCGAAACAAUUACACAAAAGAACACCAUUGAAGCUAAAGAGGGAUUCUUAAAGCUUAUUAAAGGUAAUGUUCCUGCGAAGAAAACUCCGAGAUCUACAAAAGGCUCAACGAAGUCUCCAAUAAAGAACUUGUCAACGGAUUUACCUGGGACUUCAUCAAGUACUAACAGCAACAUCGUUGAAACAAACACUACAGUAAAUAAGAACAAAACGUUAAAGAGGCAAAAUCGGUUCGAGAUGGAAAUGAUUCCGCAAAAACUCUCACCUAAUACUGAUGAUGUAAAAGAAGAAAUCCAAAACAUUUUAAAAGCCAACGUCAAGGAAAAUAUCGAUUCAAAUAAAAAAAUGACUAAGAAAAAGAUCUUGCAGGACAUAACGAAUAUAACGAAUAUAACAGAUGAAAAUUUAUACACAAGCACUCCUAAAAAAGCAAAAAAGACGGUAAAAAAGAAAGAAUCAACGGCAGAAAAUAAAAAACCAAAAACGGAAAAUUCGAAAAAUAAAUCAAGGAAAAAUAUUCAGUGCAAAGAGAUACAGAAAAAAUCGAAGAACACGAAAGAGCAAGCCAAAAGUAGCACAAAUAUCUUUGAAAAAGAGGAAACACCAAAUGUAAAUUUGGAAGAAAUAAUUCCGCAGGAACUCUCACGUAAUACCGAUAAUGUAAAAGAAGAAACUAAAAAAUCUUCAAAAGCCACCGCCAAGAAGAAUGUCAAUUCUGAUAAAAAAAUUAAAAAAAUCGUGCAAGACAAAACAAAUGUCACUGAAAAAGAUCUGCAAACAAGCACCUCUAAAAAAGAAGCAUCUAAAAUAAGAAAAAAGAAGGUGACAAAGGAAGAAUCAACGGCAGAAAAUAAAAAAUCAAAAACGGGAAAUUCAGAAAAUAAAUCAGAGAAAAAUGUUCAACGCAAAAAAAUACAGAAAAAAUCGAAGAGCACGAAAGAGCAAGCCAAAAGUAGCGAAAAUAUGCUUGAAGAAGAAAAAAAGAUGAAUGUAAAUUUAAAAAAUAAUUUGCAGUGCAACAAAGUAAAUCGAAAUUCGUCGAAAAAUAAAGUAGAGAAUAAAAAAAUGAAAUAUAAAAGCAUGUCUAACCAAUCGAAUGGAAAGAAUUUGAAGAAAGAAAAUCCCGAGAACAAGCUGCAAGGAAGCGCCCAGUUACCUGCAAUGAUUAAUGUCCGAAAACAACGGCAAAAAUAAACGCCCAUCCUAUUAAACUGAGCCAAAAUGAAGCUGCACGAGAAGAAAGAAUCAGGCAUUCACAGAAUCCAAGAGGUAUCCCUCGAGGAACUGGACUUAUCGAAGGAGUACAAUGUGGAGAAAACUCUAGGCGAAGGUAGUUUCGCGAAAGUUCUACUGGCAACGCACAGAACCACUCAGACAAGAGUGGUUCUAAAAGCGGUUCAUCAAGAACUCACGUCGGAAAAGGACUUCUUCCGGGAAUUCCAUUAUUCGUACCACUUAAGCCCGCAUCCUAAUAUACUCUGCUCGUACGCAGUCGCCUUUAAGGCGGAGAAAUGUUUCGUCUUCGCACAGGAAUACGCGCCCUACGGCGAUCUCGCUGGCAAUGUGAAAGCCGGCGGGCUCAACGAGGAUGCCUGUAAGAAAAUUGCUGGUCAACUCGCCUCGGCCCUCGAUUUUAUCCAUUCAAAACAACUGGCCCAUCGUGACAUCAAGUUGGAGAACGUGCUAGUGUUCGCGCAGGACAUGAGCAAAGUGAAGCUAUGCGACUUCGGCUGCACAAAGCGCGAAGGCACCCUUGUGAAUAAGAUCCGUUGUACUUGGGUGCCGUUUCAACCUCCAGAGAUUCACGAGAUCAUCAAGAACGAAAGGUAUGCUUGCAAGAGGAGCUCAGACUGCUGGCAGUUUGGCAUUGUCCUUUUCGUUUGUCUGACCGGUAACCCGCCAUGGCAGAGCGCCGAUCCGAUCCAAGACCCAGACUAUUCGGCCUUCCAACGAUGGCUGAAGAGACGUACCACCAAAAUCCCACCGACUUUCCGUCGCUUCACUCCUAGACUACUUCGAUACUUCAGGCGAGCAUUCGAACACAAGCCGGAGAAGAGGCCUCAUGUGACCGAGAUCAACAAGUACCUAAAGGAUUCGUGGUGUAUUAGUAAGAUCAGCCACAGUGCGACGUCGACGUCGGUCGAUGUUAGCGAGAGCCUUGCCAGGCGAGGGGAUAGCCUACUCUAUCUAGAUACUAUUCUGGACGAUCGGCAUAACGUAGAUGAAAACAAGAAUAAAUUAAGAAAGCUACUUAACAGUUACGGCCUGGAGACUACGGUGGACCAGAAAGUCGUCACUAAGAGGAUAUGGGAAUGGGUAAUGCAAUGUGAUUCUAACAUAGACACAGAGCCCGGUCUGAUCAGCAGCUUCAGCACGGAGGACAUGUGAGAGAUAGUGAGAACUUGCAGCGAGCCGUGCCUUCGGGUCACUCAGGAGGAACCGAGUAAGUUCCGAAUGGGCAGUUUCUACAUGCCGACCUCGAGAUGUGCCAAAUAAUCAGCUAGAGCUACCUAGCCGAGAGACACUUUCCGGAACUUAUUCGAGUGCUAUGCGAAAAAAGCGGAACAUGACCCUGUUUCUGCGAUAUUUCCAAAGUGUCGAAAAGCUAAUCAUAAGCGGACCAAUUACUGAACUUGUUUAAUUAGUAAGAAUGAAAGAUUGCGGACAAAUUCGAGAGACAAUGAUAUUUGUAUAGAUUGGUGUUGAAAAUGGUAUAAUCGCAAUUAAUGCAACAAAAGUUAAUACACAAAAGAUGUCAUGAAGAUAUUUAAACAUUUUGGUCUCAUAGAAGUUAUCCCUCUGUUUAGAAUUUUAUGUUGGUUUGGAAAUUCGAAACAGAAAUGAAAUAUGUCUCUUGAUCGUAAAAUGCUCUAGCAAUUAAGUAUAAAUGUGAUAUAUAAAUAUCUAAAUAGAAAAGAAAGAAAGAAAAAGAAUAUGCGACCAAAAGAAUGGUAGUAAACUCUGAUAAUUAGCUUGAUGUACUAACUAUAGAGACAAUAAUACCGGUGCAUAUGAUUUUUGCAUUAGUCAGUUGUUCUGGUAAACCGAUGGUCUUAUUAAUGACUUAUGCGCAAUUAAGCGCGAGGUCAGACAGUCAUUUAAAGUUAUUUUGUAUAUCAUUCAAAUCUGAAAUCCCAUUCUGUUUACAUUACUUAUCGUUAGUGGUGUAAUCUCGAUUGUUAGGCAAGAAAUAAGGAAACAAGAAGACUGUAUAAUCCAGGGAUUCCUAGAAUUGGAGAUCAUAACUCCAAACUUAGAGUAACUUCAUGGAAACAUUUUCGGAAACAAUCUAUUCUUAUUCCAUAAUAAUCGGUAAAUGAAGAAAGAUUUUUUUUUUGCUAUGUAAAUGAGAAAUCUGUAUCUUUUAACAUUUUUAUCACAAUAUAAAUUCAAUAAAUAAUUCAUGUCGAAAAAAAAUGCCGAAAACGUUUAAGAAUCUACUGCAGCCGAAAGAUGCGAAUAGGAAUCAUAACGCGAGAUGGAUUGUUAUCGGAAGUAUCAACAAGAUGUAAAUCACACAAAUGUAGAUACAUUUACAUAGCCAGGUAUAUAUUCGCAUUCGUGCUAGACAUGUAUAUAUAAAUAUGCGUGUGUACGUAUAUACGUAGGCAAAUAUAGUACACAUAUAUUCUUGUAGCAGUUUAUGGUGUAGCGCAUAGAGGUUCCGUUUGUACAAUUAGUUAUGCCAUUUCGUAACGGUGAUAUAGGUAUAGCUUAAUAUUGCAUGCACGUUGCGAUUCCAACAAUUGUAAUAAUCUUUCGCUAACGAUCUUGCAUUAAAACGCCUACGAGUAACAACAUAUAAAAUGGGCGUUUCGCGACGAAUCGGUUGCCAAAUUCAUUGCUUGCUUGUUGCGAUUGGGUAUUUUAAUUCACACGUUAAUUCGUGUCAUAAUCAGAAAUUAAUGUAAUACUCUCUUCCUAUUAUAAUUUUAUUACAUUAAUUGUAUUGUACAUAAUUACAUCAAUUUCUAUUCUCACGUGCGAUCGUACGUCGAAUAAAACUGAUUUAUAUUUUACGAAUAUUCGAAUAACGCGAACAUAAAAUUAGAAGACUGAGUUAGAAAAGCUCCUAAUAUAUUGAGGAAAAAGUGGUGCCGAUUUAUUUUUAUUCGCUUUCGACGCACGUGAUUUUCCGCAGACAUAAAAUCACCAGUAAAUAAAUCGCAACGUGUGAGACUCGUGCACGGAUCUCUUUCUAGAAUAUCCCGCAAGUGGAUCAUUAUCCGGAUGAAUUGUGUACUCGUAAAGAUCGGCGUAAAGAACGCGUUAACGAUCGGAAUCCAUACGAAUGCGUGUUUCUAUAUAUUUAUACGUUGAAUGUGGAAGUAUAUACGCGCGAACAUUAUGACGUCGCUAUUCUACAAUAUUCGGACAAUCGUUAUUAUCUCAUUACUAGUCCUCCGUAUUGUCCGAAUUGACUGAGUGAUAAGAUAAAUGAGUGGAGGAACUUUUGCAAGGAAGCCGGCGUGCAAAGCCUCCAUUAAUAU